CGAUCUACACGUACGUGCAGUGCCUUUGUGAUUGCUCCACCUGGUGACAUGUACCAUGUCCGCGCUGGCUGGCAUUGUUUGAAAAACUUAGCGUGCCAAACACUAACUGGUGUCACGGACAAAUUGAGGAUUUCUGUCACGAAGUUUCAUGGUGCUCCGUCCUAUCCUCGGCGUGAAACAUUUUUGCCCAAUUUUGCAGAGUGUAUAAUUUCCCAAGUUUCGGAACUAUCAUGGAGAAGACACCGACUGAUCAAGUAACGACAAGUCGCAUUAAAACUUUUGUUUUCCUAGAUCUGGAAACCUCGGGUAUUGAUCCUAUCAAGGAGCGCCCAAAGAUGACGGAAAUUUGCUUGAUGGCCAUUCAUCGGGAGGCCCUGCUGUCGAGUUCACGCGAAAAUGAUGCUGCAGUCGGCAGAUCCACUGAUGCUGUCGGAUCUGGAAUGGGCCUACCGAGAGUUGUUGACAAACUUAGCCUGUGCGUGUAUCCCAACAAACAGGUCUCCGACAAGGCAUUCGAGAUGACGAAGCUGGAUAGCCACAGUCUCUCACAAAGUAGUAAGAAGAUCUUUGAUGGCGACGCAGCGACGAUGCUGAAGCUGUUCAUCUCGAGGCAGGAGGGGCCGGUUUGUCUCGUGGCGCACUACGGGGACAACUUUGAUUUCCGGCUGCUGCGGACCGAACUUCAAAAGAUCGGGCAACGCAUGGGCGAGGACAUUCUUUGCGCGGACUCGCUGGAAGCGUACAAGGCAACCGAUGGCGACCGGGCUGGGUUUGUCUCGUAUGCCCUGGGGAAUAUUUACCGUAGGGUCUUUGGGGGUACCAUACCCGAUGCUCAUCAUGCUGAGGCAGACGUGAAAGCAAUGAUUCGGAUCAUGCUGACGCGAGCGGAAACCAUGUCCAAAUGGAUGGAUAAAAAUGCAGUCCUGUUCAAUGACACAGAACUGUACUAUUUCCCAAGUCCAAGCGAGAAACGGAGAUGCACUCCUCAGUCACCAUGAAAUACAACUGACUACAUGUACACGGUUUAGCUAUAGUUUUAGACAAUUAAUACUAGAAUUGGUUUUUAAUGCGACUUUUUCUUUGUAUUGAUUGUAUAAUAAAAUUAAAACUAGAAAGACAGGGAGAAACCAAGUCGAGACCAGAUUUAGGUACAUAGUGCAUGCACACCUUACUACUUACUGCAUCAGUGGAUCUUAAGUUAUCAAAAUGUGUAAAUUUAUCUAUUAUGUUUUUCCUAACAUAUUGUUCAUGUGUAAAACUAACAAAGUUUUCAAUAUGAUUAGUUCGUGCAUGUACAAUGUGAAUGUUUGGCCGUGCCGCUGUCAAUCCGUUGUGUUUCUGUUGUUGUAGUCUUGACAGACUUAAAAA